UGGGUUGACAGUCCCCUUCCGGGGCCACGGGAGGCGACAGCAGCGGCGACUCUCUCCGCCUCCGGACGAAGGGCGCCCUCGCGGGCCAUGUUUUCCAGUCUGUGGAGGUGGAGCAGAAGCGUCUCCUACGAGCGGGUCUCUGGGGGACUCAAGGCGCAGAAAUGCAAUCCGGAGAAGAGUGCUUCAUUCUUCAGUAAGGUGACAUAUUCCUGGUUUAGCAGAGUAAUUAUCUUAGGCUAUAAUAAACCUUUGGAAACGGAGGAUCUUUGUGGACUAAAUGAAAGUGAUUCCUCCUACAUUGUGUGUCCCAUUUUUGAAAAACAAUGGAGGAAGGAAGUUUUAAGGAAUCAAGAGAGGCAAAAGGCUUCCUCUUGGAAAGAGGCACACACCAGGAAACCAUCACUACUCUCGGCAUUAUGGAACAACUUUAAGUUUGUCCUGAUUCAAGUUGCUUUAUUCAAAGUAUUUGCUGAUAUUUUGUCCUUCACUAGUCCACUCAUAAUGAAGCAGAUGAUCAUUUUCUGUGAACACCACUCUGAUUUUGACUGGAGUGGCUAUGGUUAUGCAGUGGCACUUCUUCUUGUAGUCUUUUUGCAAACCCUGAUACUUCAGCAAUAUCAACGUUUUAACUUGCUCACCUCAGCAAAAAUUAAGACAGCUGUAAUUGGACUGAUCUACAAAAAGGCUUUACUUUUAUCUAGUGUUUCUCGAAAAAAGUUUUCCACUGGGGAAAUUAUUAACUUGAUGUCAGCAGAUGCCCAGCAGCUCAUGGACUUGACAGCAAGCCUCAAUCUCCUCUGGUCGGCGCCUUUUCAAAUCCUGAUGGUCGUAUCAUUACUUUGGCAAGAACUGGGGCCAGCGGUGUUAGCAGGGGUUGCAGUCCUUGUAUUUGUCAUACCGAUGAAUGCUUUAGUUGCUAAUAGAGUAAAAAAACUGAAGAAAAGUCAAACGAAGAGCAAAGAUAAACAGAUAAAACUACUCAAUGAAAUCGUACAUGGAAUUAAGAUCCUCAAACUUUAUGCCUGGGAACCCUCCUAUAAAAAGAAGAUUAAUGAAAUUCGGGAGCAGGAAUUAGAAGUUCAUAAAUCUGCUGGGUAUCUUGCUGUAUUUUCUAUGCUGACACUAACUUGCAUUCCAUUCUUGGUGUCUCUGGCCACCUUUGGAGUCUAUUUCUUAUUGGAUGAAGGAAAUAUUUUAACAGCUGCUAAAGUGUUCACAUCUAUGUCUUUGUUCAAUAUUUUGAGGCUUCCUUUGUUUGAUUUACCAGUGGUGAUUUCAGCUGUGAUCCAGACAAGAAUAUCAUUGAGUCGUUUGGAAAACUUUCUCAACACUGAGGAGCUGCUUCAAAGUAUUGAAACAAACUACAGAGGAGAUCAUGCCAUUGGGUUUACAAAUGCUUCCUUCUCCUGGGAUAAAACAGGGAUUCCAGUACUAAAAGACCUGAACAUAAAGAUUCCAGAAGGAGCUUUAGUGGCUAUUGUAGGGCAAGUUGGGUCUGGAAAAUCAUCUAUGCUUUCUGCCAUUCUGGGGGAAAUGGAGAAACUUACAGGAGUAGUCCAAAGAAAGGGCUCUGUGGCUUAUGUUUCCCAGCAGGCCUGGAUUCAGAAUUGCAUUUUGCAAGAAAACAUUCUCUUUGGCUCCAUCAUGCAGAAGCCAUUUUAUGAGCGAGUAUUGGAAGCCUGUGCUCUCCUUCCAGAUUUGGAGCAGUUACCAAACGGAGAUCAAACCGAGAUUGGAGAAAGAGGCGUGAAUAUAAGUGGAGGGCAGAAGCAUCGAGUAAGUCUGGCCAGAGCUGUCUAUAGUGGAGCUGACAUCUACCUGUUGGAUGAUCCUUUGUCUGCAGUUGAUGUUCAUGUUGGAAAGCAGCUUUUCGAAAAAGUGAUAGGGUCCUCAGGCAUUUUGAAAAACAAGACUCGUAUUUUAGUGACACACAACCUCACACUUCUGCCACAGGUGGAUCUUAUUGUUGUAAUGGAAAGUGGCAGAGUAGCACAAAUGGGAACCUACCAGGAACUGCUGGCUAAAACCAAAAAUUUCACGAAUCUGCUUCAAGGCUCCAGUGAACAAGAAACAGCUCAUGUUUUAGAGGGAUUCAAUGUACUCAACUCCAGAAGUAUACCGAAAGACCAAUUCCAGGAACAAAAAGAUAGGCCCUCUUUGGAUCGAGGAAAACAGUUCUCAAUGAGAAAAGAAAAGAUCCCCGUUGAUGGGUUGAAGUUCUCAAUAAUCGUAAAGUACCUCCAAGCCUUCGGCUGGCCCUGGGUGUGGCUGACUUUGGCCACUUACAUAGGACAGAAUUUGGUGGGCAUUGGACAGACUCUGUGGCUAAGUGCCUGGACAAAAGAAGCAAAGCACAUGGAUGAGUUUAAAGAAUGGAAGCAAUUAAGAAGCUAUAAACUUAAUAUCUAUGGAUUAUUGGGAUUAAUUCAAGGUCUCUUUGUCUGCUCUGGGGCUUACGUGCUCACCAGAGGAUCCUUGGCUGCCUCCCGAACCUUGUACUCUCAGCUGUUGAACAAUGUACUGCACCUCCCACUCCAGUUUUUUGAAACUAAUCCCGUAGGCCAGAUGAUUAAUCGGUUCACCAAGGACAUGUCUGUGGUUGAUGUACGUUUCCAUUACUACUUACGAUCCUGGCUGAACUGUACAUUGGAUGUUAUUGGAACAGUUUUGGUCAUUGUGGCAGCUUUACCACUAUUCAUUCUGGGAGUGGUUCCCUUGAUUUUCCUCUAUUUCACUAUACAAAGAUACUAUGUGGCAAGCUCUCGGCAGAUUCGGCGGUUAGCAGCAGCAUCACGCUCUCCUAUCAUUUCCCACUUUAGUGAGACUUUAUCAGGAGUAUCCACAAUCAGAGCAUUUGGGCAUGAACAGAGGUUCAUCCAGCAAAACAAAGAUGUGGUGAAUGAGAACUUAGUCUGUUUCUACAAUAGUGUAAUUUCAAACAGGUGGCUGUCUGUUAGACUUGAAUUUCUUGGCAACCUAAUGGUAUUCUUUGCUGCGUUGCUGGCUGUACUGGCUGGCAGUUCUGUAGAUUCAGCAACAGUGGGUUUAUCCAUAUCCUAUGCCUUAAAUAUUACUCAAUCUCUGAAUUUUUGGGUAAGGAAAGCGUGUGAAAUUGAAACCAAUGCAGUUUCCAUUGAAAGAGUUUGUGAAUAUGAAAAUAUGGAUAAAGAGGCACCCUGGAUAAUGUCUAGAAGGCCUCCAUCACAAUGGCCCAAUAAAGGCAUAGUGGAGUUUAUUAAUUUUCAGGCUCGAUAUAGAAAUGAUAUUGGUUUAGCCUUACAAGAUAUCACUUUCCAGACUCAUGAGGAAGAGAAGAUUGGAAUUGUGGGAAGGACUGGAGCAGGCAAAUCAACACUAUCAAAUUGCUUGUUUAGAAUUGUAGAGAGAUCAGGAGGCAAAAUUAUUAUUGAUGGGAUUGACAUAUCAACUAUAGGACUGCAUGACCUUCGUGGCAAACUUAAUAUUAUUCCACAGGACCCCAUUUUAUUUUCUGGAACCCUUCAAAUGAACCUGGAUCCUCUGGACAAGUAUUCUGACGCUGAGCUGUGGGAAGUGCUGGAAUUGUGUCACUUAAAAGAGUUUGUGCAAUCCCUUCCCAAGAAGCUGCUGCAUGAGGUCUCUGAGGGCGGUGAAAACCUCAGCGUUGGACAACGGCAGCUUGUCUGUCUUGCUCGUGCUUUGCUUCGAAAAACGAAAAUUCUUAUCUUGGAUGAGGCAACAGCCUCCAUCGAUUUUGAGACUGAUAACUUGGUGCAGACCACUAUCAGGAAGGAGUUUUCUGAUUGUACCAUCCUGACCAUUGCUCACAGACUGCAUUCUAUCAUUGAUUCCAACAGAGUGCUUGUUCUCGACUCUGGGAGGAUUGUAGAAUUCGAAGCGCCUCAGAACUUGAUACACCAGAAAGGACGUUUCUUUGAAAUGAUAACAGAAGCUGGAAUAACUCAAGACUUAGAGGCAAAAAAAUAAGUAAUGUUAGCUGUAUGUUGAUUAUACAGGAUAAGAAAAAAAACCGUAGUGUAUAAAAAGAAUAAUGAUGGGGCAUAAAUGCACAAGGGCAGGCCCCUGGCUACGAGUUGGCACAAAUGCCUAUAGGCCCCAUGGCUUCUAAUCAGCCUGGGUUGCACCUUACCUUCUCUCUUCCAUUCAUGCCGUCUGAAGUGCCCACCUUCUCCACUGUCUAAAGUGCUAAGAACCACUUAUCCUUUAAGCCACUGACUUCAUUCAGUAUUCAUGUCCUCCACAAAGCCUCUCCUCAUCCCCCUCCCUGCACCCCAGUCUGGUUUAGAUGCCCCCUUUCUGUGCUUUCAUUAGUCCCAUGUGCAUACUUUUAACAUGGCAGGUACCAUAUUCUAUUUUAAUUCUUUUACUUGACUGUCUCCUCUACUAGAUAAACAUACUUGCAGGUCAGAGUCCAGUUUUAAUCAUCCUUGUAUAUUACUUUCCUAGCAUAGUGCCUUUCACGUAGUUGAUACCCAACAAUUGUUUGUAGAAGGAACAACUAUUUUUGUUCAAGUAAUGUGAUAAAUGUGCUUAUAUGCAUAUAGAAUAUGUGCUAAGCUACUGUAUGGUUGAUGAAAUGAUAGAGAAAUCAUGGAAAUAAUAUUAUGAGCUAUUCAGCUGCCCUUUGGAAAAGAUAAUUAUAUAUUAACUGUAUUUGAUGAUCUGCUUUAUUUAAAAAUGUUUUAUAAUAUGUUUAGUAUUUA